CAACUGGACCAUCACCUUCUCUCUCAUUUUCUCAUCUGUUCUUGAAAACGGACUAGUCCCUCAAAGUCAAUCCCAGUAGCGGUAAUUUACAUCCUAGUGAUCUCCCCGCCGAUUGAAUCCCUCUCGGAUUCGGGUUCCGUGGCUCAUCUAUCUUUCUCUUCAGCUUCUGCCAGUCCUUGUCCGGCAUUGAGGUACAACUGGAGGACUCCACUACCCACAAACCCAAUAACCAAACGGGUGCUGGAGAGUGUGAUUCAAUCAAGUGUUGAAAAAUGCAUCCUCCAUUAACAUUACACAAGCACCCCAUGUGUGCCCAAAUCAUUGAGGAGUUUCAAAAAUGUCACUUAGAUCAUCCUUUUGCAAAAUUUAUUGGUGAAUGUACAGAUCUCAAGAUAAAGCUUGAUCGCUGUUUUCGGGAGGAAAAAGCAUUGAAGAGAAAAGCCAACUUUGAACAGAGUAAGAAACUGAGGGAUAAGCUACAAGCUUCAAGGAAGGAAUCUGCAAUCUCUGAAUAGGCAUGCAAUCAUAAUGGCAAACUCAGAGGUGUUCAUUUAGUGAAAACAAAAGGUUGUUCUAGAACCAAACCAAGGUAAAUUGUAAUGCAUUAUUUUGCUACCACAGAUUGGAUUUGUGAUCAAAUACAGGUUCCUGCUAUGUAGCUGAUGAUAU